AUGUACAUAAAACAAAACAACAUAUUUAGGCUGAGUCUUGUCUCGGAAAUUUUCUGUUCAAUUUCCUAUGAUUAUCUGAAUCAAAAUAGAAAGGAACACGAAAACUUAAUUGAAUCGUUUGAAGAAGUUGAAGCAAAGACGACAAUUGAGAAAUCAAUUGUUAUGAAAAAUAAAUGGAGCAAUGUUUUGGAGAACAUGAAAUGGGUUGACUUUGACGGGAAAACGCAAUCACUGCAUUCGACCUCGAAGAUGACUCAGAAAGAUGUGAACAGAAAAUCAGAUUACGUUGCAGCAUCAGAAGUGGUGACGGAAGAGCAGCGUGAAAGGUCCAAUGAACUUAAAGCAAACACCUGCUUAAAUAUGCAGAUAGUCAAUUCCAUGCAAGAUUAA